AUGGAAACUUCAACAUCAUUAGUUUCUUGUGUUGGAACCUAUCGAUAUAUGAGCCCUGAAGUUUAUGGAUAUCCGCCAAGAGGACCACGUCAAAAACCAACUGCUCAAAUCGAUGUGUAUUCGGCUGGAUUGGUUUUAUGGGAAAUCGUUGAGAGAAGGUUGGUUCACUCUAAAUUCGGUCCGACAAACUUUAAUCACCCACUUUCUUCCACGAUUUCUGGAAUGGUCUUUAUGAGU